CGAAGGAUGGCGGCCCUUGCCCGCCUGCUGGAACGUCUCCUUUGGCCAGCCCGCAAGGAAGAGGAGGUGGAGGAAGAAGAGGAGGGAUGCAGGUCUCCCAACCGGCCUCAGUCCCUCCUAGACGCGCCGCGUUGCGCCCAGCGGCCGCACGGGGGUGCGGCGGCAGCGUGGGGUCUGCGCUUCGGGGCUAGCGCAGUGCAGGGCUGGCGCGCACACAUGGAGGACGCUCACUGCGCUUGGCUUGCGCUACCCGGGCUGCCCCCGGGUUGGGCCUUCUUCGCAGUCCUCGACGGCCACGGCGGGGCAAGAGCCGCCCUCUUCGGCGCCCGCCACCUGAAGGGCCAAGUGCUCGAGGCGCUGGGCCCGGCGCCCAGCGAGCCCCAGGGCGUGUGCGAAGCACUGCGCCGCGCCUUUCUGAGCGCAGACGCGCGCCUGCGUGCCCUCUGGCCCCGCGGCGAGCCGGGUGGCUCCACCGCUGUGGCGUUACUGGUUUCCCCGCGCUUUCUGUACCUGGCGCACUGCGGUGACUCCCGCGCGGUGCUGAGUCGCGCCGGCGCCGUGGCCUUCAGCACCGAGGACCAUCGGCCCCUCCGUCCCCGAGAACGUGAACGCAUCCAUGACGCGGGCGGCACCAUCAGCCGUCGGCGCCUCGAGGGCUCUUUGGCAGUGUCCAGAGCACUGGGAGACUUUGCCUACAAAGAGGCUCCGGGAAGGCCCCCAGAACAGCAACUCGUUUCCGCGGAGCCUGAGGUGACCGCCCUGGCACGCCAAGCGGAGGACGAGUUCAUGCUCUUGGCUUCUGAUGGCGUGUGGGAUGCGAUGUCCGGGUCUGCCCUAGCGGGACUGGUGGCAUCGCGCCUCUGUUUGGGCUUGGCCCCAGAGCUUCUCUGCGCGCAGCUGUUGGACACGUGUCUUUGCAAGGGCAGCCUGGACAACAUGACCUGCCUCCUGGUCUGCUUUCCAGGGGCUCCCAGACCUUGUGAGGAGGCCAUCAGGAAGGAGGUACUGCUCGAUGCAGCCCUGGGAUGCAGAGUUGCAGAGCUGUGUGCCUCUGCCUCAGAGCCCCCCAGCUUGAACACAGUUUUCAGGACUCUGGCCUCUGAGGACAUCCCGGAUUUACCUCCUGGGGGAGGGCUAUACUGCAAGGCCACAGUCAUCGCUGAAGCUUAUUCUCAGUUCUGCCAGGCCUCAAGACAGCGCUGGGUGAAGGGGCAGAAAGGGGCUGAGGAACCCACUGCCCAGCUGGGACCUCAGCGGAAUUAAGGAAGAGAACUCCCCUUCCCCAGUUAUGCAGACCAGCGGAAGGAAGAGAAGCUGAUGGAGGAACCCCAGAAUGUUUAUUUCCCUUUCUCCUACUUCCCUCUCAUAAGACGUCUUAUGAGAGAGGGGAAAUUCCACCCACCAGCUAGACCGAAAAAAAAAAAAAAAAAAAAAUCCAAACCCCAAAACCAAAUGUCUAAUAAUUAGAGCUGACUGGACCCUGAAAAGCACCCAGUUCAAUAACCUUCUCUUCGCUUCCUAUUUUUCAUCUAUUUGGCAGGGAGGUUGGGGAAAGUUUUUAUGAUUAAAUUUUAAUUACAUAAUUCAAAAUAUAUUUUU